UCGGGAACUUAUCAUUGUGGAGGCACAAAGAAUGAAGAUCAUAUGCGCUUGUUCAAUGAUUGGUUACGUUUUCAUUUACAUGAAGAUUUCAUAGAGAACCUAUAUUAUAAUUAUGAUUCAGGCGAAUAUGAAGAUGAUGAGGAUAUAUGGAGUAACUAUUCAGGUAGUGAGAGUGAAUAGAAUAGAAAAGUGGUCAGAUAGUGGAAUAGAAAAUUGUGAGUAAAGCCAGAUAUUGCUCGCGCAAAAAAAAAUACCGAAAUAAAUAAUUACCAUAACUUGUCUGUAAUGUUCUACUUGAAUCAAUAUGUGAAUGAUGAUGAUCUCUGUCAGCUGUCCCUGAAGUUUCCAAAAAACAAGAAAAUUGGAAAUAUCCAACGGGUGUGGCGAGUAGUACAUGAUUCUAUGGUGAUAUCGGAGUAGCAGUCCUGCAGAAAAAACUAUAACUUAAUGGGUGAUCAAGCUGGACUGGCCUUUUUUUCGACUACUACGGGACAAGCAUUUGGAAAUUUUAAUUUGGACAAUGUCUAUAUUAAAAAUAUGUGCAAAUGAAUGGGUGAAUUACCCUCGCUACCCUUUCAAUUGCCAUCUCUCAAUCCCUUUAAAUACGAAUGGCGUUAUAAUUAAAAACUUAUGUGAAUUUAAUUUUAAUCUGAUUCAUAAAAAGGUCGUGUGUUGUGAUUCUAAAGUCUAAUUACUACUAAUGUCGUAAAAAUCAGUAUUGUACCUAAUGAAAUUAUUUUAAUCUCAUCAUUUUAAAUCUUUUACCCCAAAAAGUAUUUUAAUAAUGCUGAAAUUAUACCAAUAUACCUAUAUAGGGUUCUAUAUACGGGGAUAAAACCUAUACCAGAUGUUAAAUUUGACCAUCGUAUCUAUACUAUUAUUAUAAAGAGGUAAGCGUUUGUGACUUUGUGAGUUUGUAUGUUUGAGGCGGGUAAUCUCUGAAACUACCGAACCUAUUUUCAAAAAUUGUUACACCAUUAGAAAGGUAUAUUAUCCAAGAUUGCUAUAGGCUAUAUUGUAUCUCAAAAUUCGCGAAGUCCUGGGCAACAUCUAGUAAUAUAUAAGCGCAUCAUAUUGCAUCCAUUAGUUUUUUAGUUAAUGCAAGAACAAACAUACCGACAAAGACUAAUAGCCGACUUACAUAUUUAUCAGAUGUAUAGAUAUAAGUAGAUUAAAAGCUAUUGUCGUCGCUUAGGUAAAUUGUCACUAACUAUUGAAGUUAAUUAAGUCAUAAAUAUUCCAACAAUUUAAAAUGAAAACAAAACCAGUCUCAAUUGUAAUUUCUACGUACAUUUUUACAAGUAGGUAACUCGUAUGACAACAUUUAAUACAUAAAGUAUUUCUUCUAAAACCGCAUGUAACUUAUACUACUGUUUAAUAGACAUUAUUUUUGCCAAAAUGCAUCGUGACACUGAAUAUGUUUCGACCGACAUUUUGAAUGAUGAUUUAGUGAAAAUAUUUUCCCCGUUUCAUAUAGUUCAAAAAUUGCUCGGAGUGUGUAGAGUGGACAUCAGAAAUAAGUUCGUGACACCCCCGACGGUGUUACAAAAAAUACACACGUGCUGUAAUCUUCUGCUAGCCACAAUCUUACUCCAUAAGAUGUAUCACACUUACGUACAAAAGUUUGCUGAUUUCAUGCAGCAUUAUAGUUUUAUUCAAUUGAUGCUAUAUCUGCAUUGGAUAAUAUGUGUCUUGAAUAUAUAUAACCUAAGAUUCGUCAACAAAGACGACAAUGUAGAAUUGUUUUUAAAAAUGCACAGAGUUGAUAGUCUCAUGUUGAUCGACAAAAACCGAUAUAUAUUGUCUGCCACCUACAAAACGAAUAGAAACACAAUUUUUGCAUUAGGUGCAGCAGCCGUUGCACUAAGUGUGUUAGAAAUUUUCGAUGGACUUGAUCUGUUAUAUAUGUCUAUUUUUAGCGUCGGAUACAUUCAGAUGACAUUCAUGUUGGAAUUUAUGCAUUUUUCAUGCAUUAUGCAUUACUUUUCCCUACGAAUGAGGUUUUUGAACGCUAUCAUUUUAAACCAUAUAAAGGAUGAAUUCACUCUUAUAAGUUUUACUUUGACUAAUGAAAUGAUGAUAAAACAAUCGGCUGCAGAGGCUCACGACUUUAAAUAUUGCAAUAUAGAUAUUUAUUUGAAAGAACUAAUACACUGCUUUUAUAAGUUUCAAAACUUGUAUCAAUAUCAGAUACUAAUAUUUUUCAUGAGACUGUUUUUUAGCUGCAUAUUCUACAUACAUUUUGUCAUAGUUGCCGUAAAUGAUAAUACAACACGCGGCGCAUCAAAUACCAUAUAUGUCAUUCUCUGUUCGAUUGAUUUCAUACUGAUAUUAAUGGCUUGCACCCGAUGUGAAACAUUUUUCAGAGAAGCCCAACUGUUGAAACAUUUUUCUAUCGUAAUUUUAUCAAUUUAUCAUGACGGACCGUUAAGAAAAAAGGCAAAGAGAAUAUUUAAAAUACUAGAAGAGAACCCUCCAAUAUUUUCCGUGUACCACAUGUGGAACUUGAAACAUGAGACUGUGGUCCAACUCGCGGGUGUCCUGACGACCGUGUUCUUCAAUAUACUACAGUUUCAUUAUCUUUAAAAUAAUAUAUAUUACUCGUUUGCUCCUUGUUGGCCGCUGCCGCCAGCGUCACUCGGAGCGACGAGGCCCGGCGGGCGAUCGGCGGCCAAUGAAAAACGAACACGUGUUUUAACAAAUAAUUUGUAGAAAAAACAAAACGUUGUGUUUGCGUUAGGCGUUUUGGAACCUUUAUCUUUUUGUACGAAUGUUGAGGACCAACCUUUGUAUUUAUUCUAAUAUAUGUUGUAAUUAAGUCAAAUUAUAAUUAGAGUGUUUUUAAAUAAAAAUAAUAAUUUACGAACACAUCAGAUUUAUUUAAAAGAUAUAAAAUAUAAUACAUACUUAGUCGGAAUGUAUACUUAUAACUAAUUUUAACUAUCACCCUAAAUUGUAUAAAGCAUUAUAAUUGGACGGCAUCGAAAUGGAAAAGUAUACUGUUCAGAAGAAACCUUCAACCUGUUGCCAGGAGCUUCGAUCCCGUGGGAAUUUUGAGAUAAAAUAGCCUAUAGCAAUCUUGGAUAAUGUACCUUUUUAAUGGUUUUUUAAAUCAGUUCGGUAGUCUCGGAGUUUACCCACCUCAAACAUAAAACUCACAAACGCUUACCUCUUUAUUUAAUAGUACAGAUUAGUUACUAUAGUCAUAAUCGCUAAUAUGUAUGUGCGCGGCCACAUUAAGCGCGCGUUAACGCGCUUGAGACGAAAAUAGAUUAUGUAUUAUUACCAUUAUUGCAAAUAAAUAUUUCUAUGAGAGAAAAUUGCAGGUUCCAUAAAGUUGUCAUGGCGCUACCAUGAUGUUUUGAAUUGUGCUACAAAAGAGAUUUUUGUCUGGAAAAUGACAACGACUUUGUGAAGUGUUUCUUCUGAACAGGAAUAUAUUCUUAAAACUACAUAAAGUUGUAACAAUGUACAUGUUACGGCUAAAGCCCGAAGUUAGCUGCACUUAAGUCUAGCCGGAUAUAAGGAGUCUAUGCCUAGGUUAAGCCGGCUAAACGUACGUGUAGCCGCAUUUCGGUGUUUAGCCGUAACAUAUUACAAUACAUUAUAGGCACUUAUUCAAAUAAAUUACUACUAAACAAUCAGAUCUUAAUUGAGAAAAGCAAUUUAUAAAAGAUUUGUACGUAUAGGCAGAGUAAAUAUGAUUUUGGUAAAAAAUUGUGGUGUAUACAUAUAAUUACAAAAUAAUAAUUAUUAUAAUAGUAAUAUAAAAUGCAUUUUUAGAGAUUCUAUCUAUGUUUAUAUAGAGAUAAUAAAAUUGCAAAGCAAAUUAUAUCAUUUUACAAAGACAAUGAAAUAUAAUUUGCCUUCAAUGCGUGGGUGGGUGAAUUUCACAAACGUUUGAACGCGGCGUGUAGCGUUUCAGAGUGCGACUUUUUUUUAAUAAGGAUAUCAAUAUGUUUUAUAAAUUAAACAUUUUUUAAAUUAACAUUGUACCAGUACUUAUUUAUAAAAUAGGAUAAUUAAAUUGAUUACUGUGUAUUUGUAAUUUAAUAAACACUAAUGAUAUCCCGCGGCGGAGUUCAAAACGCUCGUGAAAUUUACCCGGGUGUGAAAAUAUGUUUAGGCGCACUGGGAUUUAUAAACCUACAAACAUGCAAGAUUACUAAACUUCUGCUUACAUAAUACUUGACUGUAUGCAUCUCUUUCUUACUGCUUUCUUUGUACAAUAAAGAGUUUACAAAUAUAAAAAUCGUAGUUGGUCACUUGUUCACAGUAUAAGUGAUAAAUUUUUGCAAAAUUUACUGCACACUG